CAAUCUCUUUUCUCUCUAUAGAGAAGAAGAGGAAGUCAUUUCUGUUCCCCAUUUUCUCUUCUCCUCUUCUUCUGAAUCCGAAUCCCCCGCCCCAGAUUUUCUAAGAGGAAGAAACGAUGCCGUAUUGCGAGGUUGUGAGAGAACACGUGGACGCGGAAACGACGCUUAACAAUGCCGGCGUCAAGAUCUUCUACCGAACCUACGGCCACGGUCCCACCAAAGCUCUUCUCAUCAUAGGUUUAGCCGGAACCCAUGAAUCGUGGGGACCUCAAAUCAAGGGCUUGACGGGGACGGAUCAACCCAACGACGGAGACGGAAUCGUUUCCGAUGAUUCAGGCACGGAGGUCUGCGCUUUCGACAAUCGUGGUAUGGGUCGAAGCUCCGUGCCCACCCACAAAUCCGACUACACAACAAGUAUAAUGGCAAAGGAUUCAAUUAGUUUGUUGGAUCAUUUGGGAUGGGAGAAAGCUCACGUUAUUGGCCACUCUAUGGGAGCUAUGAUAGCUUGCAAGUUAGCUGCAAUGGUGCCUGAACGGGUUCUUUCUCUUGCGUUACUUAACGUUACUGGUGGUGGUUUUGAGUGUUUCCCCAAGCUUGACCGGCUAACUCUUUCCAUUGCGUUUCGUUUCUGGAUGGCUAAGACCCCUCAACAAAGAGCAAAAGUUGAUUUGGACACACAUUAUUCACAGGAUUACCUAAAAGAACCCAUAGGCACCAGCACAAGGCGGGAUGUCUUAUAUGAGCAAUAUGUAAAAGGAAUAUCAGAAACUGGAAUGCAGUCAAAGGACGGGCUUGAUGGACAACUUAACGCUUGUUGGUUACACAAGAUCACAAAACCAGAGAUCGAACGUAUCCGCUCUGCUGGGUUCCUUGUCUCAGUCAUUCAUGGAAGACAUGAUGUCAUUGCUCAGAUGUGUCACGCAAGAAGACUGGCACAGAGGCUGUAUCCUGUUGCUAGAAUGGUUGAUCUUCAUGGAGGUCAUCUUGUAAGCCACGAAAAAACAGAGGAGGUUAAUAAAUCUCUUCUAGAGUUGAUCAAAGCGUCAGGAGUGAAGAAAACAGCAACUGAUUGGACUAACCUCACCAUGGAAGAUCCUGGUUAUUUCCAGAGGAGAAUAGCAAUUAUUAGAAGCUCAUCAGAAGGCAAGAGUGCGGCUUCUCCAGUGGAAAAGUUUCAUCGCUGUCUACUUUUCCUCUUCGGGCUUCUGGUUCUGGCUUAUGAGUAUGCAAGAAGAGCAUUGAGGGUCGUCAAACCCGUCAAAGUUGGGCCUUCUCUUACAUAACCAACAAACCUCUCACACUUCAAUUCGUCCACUGCUUUGGACAAAAGUUUUCAUUCAGGCAACUAGCAGUGUUCUUCAAUGAUCAAGCUGAUAAUUUUGAUGCAAACAUACGCUAGAGAGAAGGAGACACUGCUUUUACAAAGAGAGAUUAAUACAAAACUGUUGAUAUGUACUUAUGUAGAGAGACAAAAACAUUUGUUAUAUUCUAUUUACAUCGAUCGAAAUGAGGUACCAUGUAAAGACAAGACUUCACCUCAAUUAAGACUUUAAAUGUUUCUGUGUA